GUCUGCCGGACAAAAGGCAAAUCUGUCUGACGGUGGAUUGAAACCCAAUGAGAAACAGAGGAGACAUUUUGGGAAAACUGUCAGUGUCCGUGUGUGCUGGCGCCCCGAGACAACACAUAUAUGGUGGAAUAAACGUCGGCGGAGGCUCUGCGACUGGAAUAUUAAGGAUGUUCCAGCAGUGUGAGGAGCCUCGGUUCACCAUCGAGCAAAUUGACCUCCUCCAGAGGCUGAGGAGGACGGGGAUCACCCAGGCGGAGGUCCUGCACGCCCUGGACACCCUGGACCACCUUGACCGUCACAAGUCCACAGACAAACCUUCCUAUAUGCCACCCUCAUCUUCCAGCACUGUUGCCGCCUCUUCCUCCACGACUUCAGCUGCCACUCAGACGAACUUUCCAGACAACCAACUCUCAGCAUCGCCUAGCCAUACCUUCGAUGCCACCGCUCUGCCUCUUCCGGUUCCGGUAGCCUCGCCGGUCAUCAUGACCGUGGGAGCUCAGAAUGGUCUGGUUGGUGUCAGCAAUGGGAAGCUGUCACCACCCCGCUUUCCUCUUGGUGUGGUUAGCGGCGGCAUGUCGGCACCAGGCUACGGGUUUGAGGCCAGUGAAGAGGACAUAGAUGUUGAUGAAAAGGUGGAGUACCUAAUGAGAAGGGACAGCGUUUUGAUCAAAGAGGAGAUUAAGUCCUUCCUGGCAAACAGGCGAAUUUCCCAGGCUGUGGUUGCUCAGGUAACAGGUAUCAGUCAGAGUCGGAUCUCCCACUGGCUCUUACAACAGGGAUCGGACCUCAGCGAGCAGAAAAAACGGGCCUUCUUUCGCUGGUACCAGCUGGAGAAGUCCAACCCAGGUGCCACUCUGGCCAUGCGAGCUGCCCCACUGGCUCUGGAGGAGGUGAUGGACUGGCCACAAGCUCCGCCCACCUUUGGUGCUGCCCCUGCGGGCUUCCGUCUGCGGCGGGGGAGCAGGUUCACAUGGAGGAAGGAGUGUCUGGCUGUUAUGGAGAGUUACUUCGGUGAUAAUCAGUACCCCGAUGAAGCGAAGAGAGAGGAGAUCGCUAAUGCCUGCAAUGCUGUCAUUCAGAAACCAGGAAAGAAGCUGUCUGAUUUGGAGAGAGUCACAUCUCUAAAGGUCUACAACUGGUUUGCCAACCGACGUAAAGACAUCAAGAGGCGUGCUAACAUUGAAGCAGCCAUCUUGGAGAGUCACGGCAUCGAGGUCCAGAGUCCAGGAGGUCAGUCCAACAGUGACGAGGUGGACGGCAAUGACUUUCCUGACCAGGGUUGUGAGAUGACUUCAUUUGACAAGAGAGCUUCAGUCAGGCAGUUUGGUUUCAGUCGAGCUGACCUCUCCUCGCCGACCCAGGUUCCCACGCUGCUCCCCAGCUGGUUGUCCGUCCUGGGUAGAGGACACUUGUCUGGACAGAGGGGCACUUCUUUGAUCGGCCGCUCCCCAGUGAUAGGGACAGGUCCUCAGGCAGAAGGCUCCAGAUUGACCGGCGUGUCCUGGUCUCCACCGUCCCCUUCCCUCCAGGACGAACCCACCAUUCACAGCGUGCUGUCCGAGCCCCAGGAUCCAAUCGGGUUGGAGAAGACGGCGGCCAAUCACGAGGACGGGGCCGGGUGCAGUAUGGGGAACGAGAUCAAGAUGGAAACACUAGAGGACGACUGAAGAGGGUGGUGGAUAUCUGGAGUUGUCUGAGUCAUGAAGACGACAGGUGUGUUAAUAUGCAAGAAGAUUUUAUAGGAAUGUAAUAAGUGGGAAAAACAUGACCAAAAGUCUUGUAAAUGCCAACGCUGAGAUACCUCCCAACCCUACCUCCAACCAUCAACCUGCUCUGCUAUGCUCUUAGUGGCAUUAUUGUGUAUUAUAACAGUCAUAAUAAUAUUAAACUUUAAAAUCUGUCCUCCCCAGCAGACUAUGGGGUGUUUUGAAAUGACCAAAUAAUAACACAAUUCCUUAUUUGGGCAUUUUAAAUCUUCCAUAGCAGACUGAGUCAAGGGACAUGAGACAUUGUGCAGAUUAAAUUGAAAAAAAACCUGCGUUUUCAAAGCAGGACAACACUGUAUUUGACACGGGAUUCAGAAAACGUCAGGGUCGUGCACUGUGAUCACAACACAACUGAACAGCCUCAAAAACUAAAUGCAUGAAUUAGAAAGUUAAGUUGGUUUGAACAGAUUGUUUUAAAAAAUGAUGAACCACCAUGUCAUCACCGUGGAUUUUAUUUUUACAUUUUCACUGUUGAUUCCUUCCAGUGAGAAGAACAGCAGAAUAAGCUUACACUUUUUUUUUUUUUUUCCAAUUCAAGGUCACGCCACAUCAGUAAUAAUACUGUUUGCCUAAAUAAUAAACUUUUCCUCUUCCCAUUUAACCUGAUCAAAUAAGCUCAACAUAUGGAAGCAAAGAAAAUGCAGUCAUUUGAAUUUUACAAUUAUGUCAAGAUGAAAUGUAAACCAACAACUAACAAACAAAAACUUUUGCAAUUUCAAAAUCCUUUUUUUAUCAAUUUUUGUCAAAUUUAGCCGGAAUUCUUCGGGUGAAAUAUCUUUAUCCUUGACUACAACACCAGAGUAGGGCUGAACAAUUUUCAAUAAAUAUCCAAUUGCGAUUAUUUUGACAGGAAUUGCGAUUGCGAUAUGAUUUGCAAUACCAGAAGGAAUGGUAAUUUUUACAUAAUUAUUCUCAUUUGAAAAACAUUUAAAUGUGUUAGAUGUGUAUAGAUCAAGACAGUAAUGAAUCUAAAAUUUAUAUUCAGGCUUUAACAAAUAUUGCGCCUCCUGUGAUUUGACAGAACAACAAAAACAAAAGACAACACUGGUUUAUAGUCCUACUGAAUAUUAUCUUUCGUCAAUACAUACGUAUUAUGUACGUCAAUACAUGAAAAUAGAAUAGAAUUUCUAUAGAUUUAAAGAGUCAUGGAAACAUCUUGGCUAAAGUGAGUAAGCUUUUCAACAAAAUAUUUAACAUUAGUUUCACUGUUUUUAGAUAUUUUAAUGCAGAAAGGAUAUAUUAUAUCAGAUUCAAACACUUAUGACCUCUUUGCUUCCAUAUCAAUAACAAGGAAAUUAAGAAUAUAAACGUAAUACAUACAUACACAUCACAGGUAGCCACAAGAGUUUAUGUCUUUUUGUUGUUUUUUUAAAUGAUAAGUCUGAAAGUCCUGGCAAACAAGUAUUCUUUAUUGAUUUGUGCCCAGUGACCUGAUAGAUGCUCAGGCAGAAUGAAUUAAUCACUGUGAGCUCAUCUAUAAUCAAUCUAUAAUCUAUAAUCAAGUCAGCUGGGAGGGAUUCAACAGUGCAACAAAGCUGUUCAGAUAUUAGAGAUUAGUGUAACGUGAAUACACACUUAUGUACAACAUGCGUAUGUAUGCAUACUGUACACACACAUACGUAUAUACAGUAUAUUAUAUAAACUGUGAGGGUAUGUGUAUAUGUACCCUACUCUAUUUCUAUUUACAGUAUAUAAACAUAUUAGCUUCUGACGGGAGAAACUAUCCAUAAGAGUCUUUGUUGUUGGCGAGAGGUGAGUGAAGCAUUAGCCAAAGUAUUAAUUUUAUGUAUUUUCUCAGUGUAUGAUCUUAAUGGAUGGAACUAUGUAUGAGAGAGAUGCUAAUCGACAACACAUCAGAUGUGUCAGGUGGUUAUUGCAAGAUAAAUGCAUUAUUUUCUUUUCUUUUUUAGGUAUAUCUGUGUUUGUGCUCGAUAUGCCAUGUGUUCUAAACACAUACGUUGGCGUUUGAAUACGGUUGUCACUUCAAAUGACACUUUAUUCUAUUCAUGUCAUGGUGCUUAAAAGUGUCCCUGCGGGUUUUUUCUUGAUCAGUGUGACCGACGAGCCACAGAGAGAGAAAAGGGUGCGAGCCAGCUUGUUGUUGUCGUUUUGACCUGAAACUUAAACGUUUGUUCAAACACAUAAACACGUUUAUCUCGGUACAGCCAUCGUACAAGUCCCAUCCGUUUGCGGCGCUACAUGGAUCUCCACAGGGAUAACGGGUCGUCACACGUCUUUGCCUCUGCAAUGGAAAAUUACACCUAUUCCUUAUUUCUGCUUUCACCCUAUAUAUGCUUACAUAGCUUCGGUUUGACAUUCACCCAAAACUGAUUCACUCCCUGUUUAAGAAUCUUCACUUUUCAAGGCUCAGGGCCACAAUUCUCCUUCCACAAGCUCCUCUUUGUAUGCUGCACGAGAUAAGCUCAUGACGUGACAACUAGCUGCCGUAUAUACUGUAAACUAUGUAACUUUCUUUGUGUCUCGGAGCCACCGUGAUCAUCCAUUUGAUACUCGAGCUUAUACGGUGAAACAAGCAACAUAAGGAAUAGGUGUCAUUGUCCAUGACAGCGUCCCACGCCCCAUCAUUUGUACACUAACUAGACUUCAGCAUCAGAAUAAUUGUGGUUACACUGUGGCCGUAUUCAGAUUACCAGCCAGAUUGUUCUAUUCCAAUUCAUGGCAGAUCAUAUUGACCUUUGACCUUUUACAUGCAUCAUCAACAACAACAACAACAACAACAGAAAACGUCAUAUUCACUCGCGGGAGAUACUGUAGGUCAAAUAAGAUUAGACUGGAAUAGAUGAAGCUACCAUUUGAGGGUGAGAUUUGUUUCUAGAGCUGAGGUGUCAAACUGUUACAUCCUGUUAUGAUGUAAACAUGAGGUGAUAGAAUAUUGACAUAGAACAUUGUAUUAACUAUAUCUGCCACUCAUAUUUAUGAGUAAUAAGACAUUCGGUUUUCUACCGCAUUAUUAAUUGCAUUAUAUUCAACAUUAGCUUAUAUUUAUAGAAGCUGUAUAUGAGUAUCUCUAUAGUGUGUAUAUAUAGAGAAUAGAUUUAUUUUGAAUCAUUAACAUGUUUUUAUUGUGAAGUUGACACCAUUCCAUAUCAAAACAAGCACUUUUACUUUGAAAUGCUGUGAUAUUCCAUCAUGAAUAUUUUCAAUGCCAUAUCAUAAUUAAAUAAUAUGUUAUAUUUCUUCUUGCUCACCCGCUACUGAACAGUUCCAACCUUUUACUCUAAUCCCGCCCCCUCUUGACCAGACUAGGCGCUCAUCAAAAUGCAGUUUACAUCCAACCAGAAGUGCUUUAAGCAGUAAUAAAUAGCAUAUGUUACAAUAUGUACAGGGUGGUUUAUUAAAAGAAAAGAAAAAUGACUAUUGAUACAGAUAUGUACAGGUUAUAACUAGGACUAUAAUACAGUUGAAAGAUUAUAUAUAUCUGAUCUAGGGCCAAAUUGGAUAAAGCUCACUUCAGUUUGGUAAUCUCAACGCAGCCAAAUGUUUUGUUUCCAUAGAAAAACAUGUAAACAUGAAAUAUGAAUUUAAAUUCUCCCCUAGAACAAAGAGAUAUGUUUCAACUGAUUUAGUGCAAUACCUUCAAUGCCCACAUUUUUGGAAAACACUGCCCUCAUGUGUUGUUCAGCACAUGGAAUAUACUGAAUGGUUUUAAGUUCAAGUGCCUUAUUUGUUUUUUGCGGCGCACCGACACAUGGGAAUUGUACAAUGGCUGCACAUGCGUCACUAUUGAUGAAAGAAAGACAAACACCUGCACAGUGAAGUGGCUUCACUCUAAACCAGGUGCAUCCUUGUUCAUCGGCCAGUGCUUCACAGACUCAGCUACUAGUUCAGAGUUAAAAACUCAACACAGAUACCUCACAAAUACACCCCCCCUCCACCCCCCACCCCCCUUGCUAUGGUAUAAGCUACACCCCAGGUUCCUUCACCGCUGCUGCAAUGUGAAUCCCAGCUUCAACGGCUGGGAAUAAAAAGCUGAUCUGUCCGGAGUAAACUGAAUACAGAAACGCCAGUGUCCGAAAUUUCUUCUCAAACUCAAUACAUAUUAAGUUGGAAAGUAAAGGGACAAUUCUGAUUCAAAAAUAAAACGAUUUAUUUGUUCAUCAGCUGCUGUUCUUACAGGAGUCUAUGAACAUUUUACCUCCUCGUCCUGGUUUCAGAUUGCAUGACUGAGAAAGUGUCAGGUUUUAUGGUGGAAUGUCUCUUUAGUUGUGCGGCAGCAGAGCUGUCUUUGCUUUAAGCAUUUAAAAGACUCUGAGGCAUCACUGGUCAGCCAUGUAGCUCUUUGUUUGAAUUAUUUGACACCAAAAUGUGUGAUCCUUCCGUGGGGUUUUUGUUUUUUAAUCUGCUAAGCAGAAGCCUUUCCUUUCUGAAGGGAAUCUAUAGAUUCAUUUAAGGCAAAGUGCUGUUCUGAGAUUAUUUCAGGAUUUUAAAAUCAUUUAAUUUGCCUUUUUUUUUUUAAGCUGUUGGAUUGUUCGUGUUAUUUUUGUUUUGUAAUUAUAAAGCCAAAAAGAAAUCAGAAAGCAAUGGGACGAAAAGUUGACACAAAAAUUAAGAAAUAAGAGUAAAAGACAAUUAAUGAAAACACAAAAGUCUAAGUGGUUUGUUGAAAAGUAGACGUGAGGUGAAGCCAUCUUAGUUUUGUUGUUUUGUUUGUUGCACAUGGCCCACAGGUGGGUGUCAGUCCAUUAUCCUGUUAUUUACAUUUCAGUGUGGGCUAACAAAUCAUCAAUAACGUGUUCUACACUUGGCUGAAGUGGAAAAAUUUAACAGCAAUAAGUGAAAGUGUGCAUUCAUACACUGCCCUGUCCAAAAAUAAAAAGGGUCACACACUGUAGUAUUAAAGGGGCUCCUUCAGUGACUUUACAGCCUACGGUCUAAAUUUACUGAUUUGGAUAUUCCCUGCUACUCCCUGUCGUCUCUUCUUCUUCUGACGCCAUUUCCUGUGUCGCGCCUGCACUUUUUCAUUGGCUGUUUGCAACAUGUGUUUCCAGUUGAGUCGUUAAUCAGUUCCAACUACCCGAUUGCAUCCAGACUCAAUUCAUAAAACAUGAUUGAUUGACUGCGACUGAACAGAUUUCUGUGCCAACUAACCACUACCCGAUUUGUGGGUAAAAUUGGGCAAAACAAUCAUACAGUGUGUCCCCAGCUUACCUGGAUUCAUCGGGUAAGUUCAAAUUAUAAAAGCCCUUCAGGGAACACGAGACCACGAGACCCCACUGAGAUGUGUCUGGGAUGUGCAGGAGAAUGGUCCAACCCUGGAGUGGAAAAAAAAUAAUAAAUACAACUGAAUUGAAAUGGUUGUGACAUCAAGGGCAAGCCACUAUGAUUAAUGUCGUAAUUAAAGGUGGUCAGUGUGUGACUUUUGACGGGCAGUGUAUGGAAAUCAAAGAGAUCGGUGAACAACACAAGGCCCUUUGCUCUUCCAGUUGAGAGUCGCGCACGUUGUAGCAGUGCUGACGACACGUUGUAUCGUGCUCCAUUGAAAUGUCAGGAUUCAAACGCCCAGGCAUAGAUGUCUUUAUCUGUUAUUGUCUCUUCCAACAUGUACACAGCAGAUUUAGUGAGACGCGUUCACUGGCACUCGCAUGUUGGUGCGACAGAAUUAGUUUAGAAUCAUCAUUUACUUUGGGCAGCAGAGGCUUGAUCUGAUCACAGAUCUGCUGCCUGAACAAAGUGGGAAUUAAUCAAUGUAUCCAUCAUCAAAUGUGGAUGUUCUAGGUUUAAUGUUCCCAUUGAAAUGCUACUCAAAAAGAACAUUAUGACAUGAUUUUUUGUUUUUAAACUGACAUGGUUGCCAUUUAAUUCUAGAAAUAAACUUACAAUUCUGUGUAAGAUGAAAAACCUCAGCAGGAUCUUUGUUGGUUUAUUUUUAAUCCCCUCCUGUCCUCUAUUUCAAGAUUUAGUGCCUUUUUUGGACAGUAGACUGUUCUGUAAUCGCAUAUGUAGAAAAACCUACAUAUGCAUUUUGUUACUUUUACAUCUGUUGGAUAAACCUUAUCUAUUAUUUUUUAAGGUGUGUUUUUAUUGAUAUUCUAUUUACAAGGGAAUAAAAACUGAUCAGAGUCCA